AUGUAUGAAAUGAUGAAAUGUGUUGGCCACAAGUACUUGGUCGUCACAUUAAUGCCACUUAUUGACUUGGUAAUUUUUUAUUUUCUUUUUUCAUUUUUGUAUUUGAAGAUUUUUGCCGAAAGGAAAUCCUGCGAAAUUGAUCCAUCGAAGCUGAGACAAGGGGAAUCUCUUGAUCAAAACUUGGUAAGAUUUUUUCAGAGAAUCGAUAUAAUUAGAAUUUUGCAGCAUAACAUAACUGUCUAUGCAGAGUUCGCGUUUACCGGAGUUGUAGACUCGUCGCAGCGAUGUCCAUCCGCGUUACGCGAACUUUUUGCUGAGUUGAGGGAUGUUGUUGAACAAUUUUUCCCAGGCAGGGAUGAUGUUGGACGUUUAGCACUUUCUUCAUUCCUCAUUUUACGUUUCUUUGCAGCUGCAAUUCUAAAUCCAAAACUUUUUGCUUUGAAGAUGGCUACACCGGACGUAAAUGUUUCUCGUACAUUGGUUCUUGUCUCAAAGAUUCUUCAACGGGUUGCAAAUUGUGUUGUUUCUGCUAAUCCUCCAACAAUUAAAGAGCAAUGGUUGGCGCCUGUGAUGGAUCAUUUUUUGGAUGAAGCACACAAUAAAGCAAUGAUUGAUUUUUUAGACGAAAUCUCUACGUCAUUUACGGAGACUGAGGAGGGAGGAGGUGUUAAUACAAAUUCUCAAGAUGCUAUAGUUAACGAUGAAUCGGAUGCAUUUUCUUCAUCAACAAACAUAUCGUCGUCUCCUGUAAUGGAUAUUGAAAAGGAACUACAUAUUGUUUACAGCCAAAUUGCUGAUCAUUUAGAUACGCUUUGUAGUAUGGGUUGGUGCUGUCGAUAUGGAUGCUCUUGUUGUUCUGAUACGAUUGUCCAGUAA